AUGGAGCGGGUCGAUCGCUUUAACCUCGCCACCCAGAAGUUCGAAAACUUUGGACGCAUGCCAUUUCGACCGAAUGCCAACUUCAUGCACUUUCACAACAACUCAAUCAUUGCUGUUAGCAAUGGAAGAGGUUCGGACAUAGUCACAUUCAACCUCCAAACCCAGGCCACGGUGGUGAUUGUCAAUGCAAACGACUUGGGUCUCUAUACUGAAUUUGGCACCAGUUGCUUCGAUGGCCACGACAACCUCUACUUUAUUGUCAAGAAGUCCCCCGCAGACAGGUUCUAUCGCUACACUCUGUCGACAAAGAGCUUGACCGAUCUGUGCCAAAUGUACCACCUCGCUCCUGGACCAAGGGGAGUCAAUUAUCUCCAUCUUCAAUCAAACUGUUGGUCAUACGUCAAUGACAAGAUCGACAAUAAUGGAUGGGACGCAGCUUUAUUUAGUACCACUGGACAAAUGUCCUCUGCUCCAAGAGUAUUGGACUUGUAA